CUCCGAAGGUUCUUCGCCUUUGUCGGCGAAGUCGGCGGGGUCUUCUUCGUCUUUUUUCUCCUUGGUGUCGAGGGCCGCUUUGCGGUGCUCCUCCUCUUCCUCGAGGAGCUUCCGGCCCUCUUCCUCGCGCGCUUUGCGGACCGAGGAGGGACGCCCACCGGACAGCUUUGUGGCCGGUCGCGUGUC